ACAUCGCUUCAUGCCCACGCUCUUUUUCCCCAUACUUUCUCACUGCUGGCAGGUUCAGGCAACAUUUGACUGGAGCUGGACAGGCGACGCUCUCUUGUUCAUCCUCAGUCGUUCUUUCGUCUCCAUGAAUUCCUAGACUCAUUCUUUUAGCCGUGCUGGUCACCAGCGAGACUCGUCUCUUCUUUAUAGUUCUUCACGGUAUCUACCACGAUGGGAGGAUGGGUGCCUCAAUUCCUCCAGCUCGAGGCUCGGGCACACUUCAAUAUGACGCUCAACGCAUCGGCCGUUCGAGAGGAGCCCUGGACUACAAGACAGAAUCUCAUAUUUGAGCUCAAGCUGCAACAGGUGCAGACUUUGCGGACGAUGCACCUGACAGUGGGCUGCUUCAGUCUGGCCGUCGCGUUGUUGACCAUCAAACUCAUCAUCCAAGAUGCUCGGAGAGUGGCCAAACUGCAUGUCCCUCUGCGAAAGACCCGCCUCAAGUUCCUCCAAAGCGUCCAUCCCGCCGAGAUCUUCCCGCUCGUACUGGCUUGCGGUGCGGCUAUACAACAAAUAAUCUUUGUAUCAGUGCAGGCCACAUCCCUCCAUAAAAUACUCUCCAACCGGUGUCGAGGAAUCGCCAUGGUUACCUUUCCAGCAAUCUUCCUCACCGGAUACAUUAAUUUGGCCUUUGGUUUCGAAAUCGCGUUGCGGGCUUUCAAGCGUGAGCGAUUCGCGCCCCGAGGAAAGUGGGCGACCUCGAGCUGCAUAGCCGUAGUGGCGUUUCUGACCCUCAUAACUUGGAUACCGACGGUGGCCUGGCCAAUGUACAACAGAUGCCUUGGAAGCCUGAUUUGGUUUUCAGUUCGUUAUGAGACCAUUGCUAUCGCCAUUCUCAGCAUCUUGGUCUUCUGCUUGCUCGUUUUAGCGGCUUUGAUUAGCACUCAGCUAAUGCGAACCUCGAAUGUGGAUCCAAACGAGCGGAUUGCCGCAUCGAGGAUGUGCUACUACCUUGUCAUGGCCGCGGUUGUCUAUUCGCUCGUCAUCCCGGUAGAGGUCCAGGCUCAUCGUAAAGACUUCAACAAUACCCUCACGACGUCGAGAAUCGCAGAAGUGGCUCUCUUCACAUACGGGAUACUUAUCGGUUUCUUCCACCUCCUCCUUCGCGCAAACGCGACUCGCAUGGUCAUUAACCCAAUCAACAACGGACCCUCGUAUCCCUCCACAAAGAAAAAGCGUCCCAGAAUCCGGCUCUUUGGUCCAAGCGACCUGGAAAUGAACAUCAGCGGCCCGCUCGCCCUGCAAGGUGGACGUCCCGAUAGCCGGCAAGGCCUCAUCGACGUGGGUCCCGAAAAAAAUCGGUACGAGUUUGAUCCUGCAUACUUUGAGAGGCCGGAGAAACCUCUCAGCCCGGGUUCGAUGAAGUCUUUCGGUUCAGUGGAUCCUACCAAAUGGCCACUUCCACCUGACCCCGCACCAGUCAACGAACUGCAGGGCGCGCACGACUCCAUGUCCGGUCCGCACAAGCGGACCAAAUCCUCCUACUCUCUUUUCCCAACCAGAGCGGAGGACAUCCCGCGACUGCCGGCGACUGUCUACACCCCACCCAAGCCUGGAGCAGCGAACCGCGCCUCCAAGCUCGCACUCCGUCGCCAGACCCGCCGCAGUUCUCUAGGAGACACGAAGUCUGUGACUGACAUUAGCGAGGUGUUCAACAACUCGUUCAACUUCUUCACCAAGCCCCCUUCACUCUUUUCCGGUCGCCAUCGCCGUGACAUGAGCACUGACAGCAGCGCGACAGUUCAAAUCGGACUCCGGUUCUCCGUGGCACCCGCGACCCUCGCAGCAGCCAAGUGCACAGCGAUGAACCGGCAAGUUGACGCCACAGAAAAGCGGACGUCGCCUUUACGACGAGAGGAGUCGGAUUCCAGCGUAGAAACUCUAGGUCUACCCAUUCAGGCUCCGUCGUCCACGUCCAAUUCGUCCUCCGCAACACCUGCCGACGAGCUUAACGGCUUAGCUUUUCCACAGCCGCCUCCACCGACCGUACCGUCUAGCCAGGCACCGACCCUCCCAAUAUUGACCAGCGCCACAUAUUCCGCAGCGCGGCGGUCAAAGGUUCUCCCUCCCACACCUCGCUCAGCACGGCCCAACUCUCCUCCCGCGGCGCGAGGGCUUCCCACCAAACCCUCCCAGGGCAUAAGCGGUCUGCGAAUGAAUCCCAUCUCGCCCCCUCCAGCGCAGGCGAAUUCGCAUAGAUCUCCAGCAGCUACGCCGCAGUCUGCAACACGAUCACCCCUCGCACGUUCCCCGACAGGCGGGCGAAUAGCGGGAACAAUGGCGAGCAGUCCGCCGCCGAAUGGCUGGAUAUAGGCUUGCGUCUGUGUUGGCGCAGGUCCAGGUGCGAGAGAUUUUCCUUCAUAGACUCACCCGGCGAGAGCCACUGUAUUAGUAUUCCGGCGCGGUUAGGACUGCGAAUUUGGG